AUGGAUCCAGAAAACCCCAAUGGACACAAUACAAAACGGAAUUCCAUACAUCAAGCAUUAUAUAGUCGCCCUGUCGAGCGACGAUCAAGCAAGAAGUCUUCAUCCAGGGACCGCCACGGCAUGGUCUACCCCGACAGCUUUCGAGACACCGGUAUUCGUACAGUGACCCCGGAGUCCCACUCCCCUCUAUCCGAGAGCGAACAUUUUACCCAUAGCGCCCCCUCACCCCGAACUACUAUGCGAUCGCGAACUGUUGAACGGAUCGAGCCAGAGCUGCCGACGGAGGGAAGGACGAUGCGGACGCGAUCACGAACCACAACGAUGGAGGAGCAGCGCAGUGACAUGGCUUCCAAUAACGUGAAGGCCCGCGCACGGAUUGGAUCGGUCAACGCCGCUAGUUCAUCCCAACCCAAGACGGCCGAAGGUAAAACCUCAGAGGAUUCUUCCUCUUCCAUUGGAUUCCCGUCGAUACAAUCUCCAAACUAUAUUGGUCAAGCAGUUACGCGUCAGCGACUCAACAAGUCCCCUGGGGGUAGCCGAUCCCCGACAGUCGCACAUAACCAAUUCGCCUCCCCUCUUUCCAAUACCGAUGCCGCCAAGAUACUCCAAUUGAUGAAGACUACCUGUGGAAGGAUGCACGGAAUUCUGUCGUUCCGAACCUCUUCUAAUACCUCGUGGGCGUCAAGCCCCUGGACCUCCGGAUACUGUGCAAUUAAUGUCGCAACUGGAAGUCUUAUAUACCAAGCCAAGGGAGAGCCCGCCUUGGCCAAGACCCUCAUCCCUGACCUCCGCGGCUGCCGAGUUCGGACAUUGUUUGAUUCAGAGCUUCAGACAACCUACUUGAGCGUCCAUACAUUCACCUCCGGGCUGGGAAUCCAACUACGGCCCCAUGUCAACGAAACAUUCGACUCGUGGCUCGCAGCUCUACUCUGUUGGCAACCUAUACGUCCCAAGGGCGUUCAAAAUAAAAUGACCAAACCUCAAUCCGUCGUUAUUGGAGACCGGCGAAUCCCAGAACGACGAAGAAACUCAGAAAACGCAUCUCAAAAAGAUGCCGCCAUCAUCAAGGUUGGUAAGAUGCUUCUUUGGGACAAACCAUCUGCAGCUGGAGUGCGACCGGCCUCGGCGGCGCGUCGUGUUUCUACAUAUAGGCAGUCGAGGGCCCUUUCUUCCUCCUGGCAGCGAGUGAGCUGUAGACUACUAGAGAACGGCUUUUUGAAGCUCUUCACCGAGUCCGACGUUACCCUUGUGGCAAGCAUCCAACUUUCCCAACUGUCACGAUGUGCAAUCCAGCAGUUGGAUUCGUCGGUGCUAGAUGAUGAGUUCUGCAUCGCUAUUUACCCGCAAUACACAGCACACCCCGUUCCCGACGCAGCGAUGCGUCCCAUCUAUCUCGCCCUUGAAACCCGUAUUAUUUUCGAGGUCUGGUUCGUUUUGUUGCGUGCAUUUACCAUCCCGGAACUCUAUGGUCCACAACUGCAAAGUGUGGAGGAAGAUCCGAACAAAACCCCAGAAGCCGACAGUUCUCCUACCAAAGGCAUGUUUCGAAUCGAGAGAAUCCUUCAUUUGCGAGUCACGGAAGCCAAACUUUUUCGUGCCAAAGAGGAAGAAACACCGCGCAGUCGGAAACAAUCCAGAUCCCAUGGUUACGCCGCUCCAGCUUCACCCAAGGUCAGCGACUUUUACACCGAGGUUCUCUUGGAUGGAGAAAUCCGCGCGAAGACUGCUGUCAAAUAUCGCACCACAAAUCCGUUUUGGCGAGAAGACUUCACCUUCAACGAUUUACCGCCAGUCCUGUCACAGGCCUCUAUAUUAGUCAAAACCCUCAACGCACAGAGAGAUUGGACCCUCAUCGCACAAGGGACAUACUCAUCUACCCAGGAAGUUAACGCAGUCAAUAUGCUCGAUGAAAUCGAGAUUUCCACCAAUGAUGCAGUUUUUGGACGGGUAGAUUUGCGAUUGGACGAAUUGGACUCGGGCGUGGACUUAGAAAAAUGGUGGCCCAUUUUGGACGACCAUGACCAAGCCGUCGGGGAAAUGUUCAUGAGAGCUCGGAUGGAGGAAACGGUAGUACUAAUGUCCGAAGAAUACGCCCCGAUGAAGGAGCUCCUCCACAAAUUCACCAAUGGCCUGACAAUCAACAUGGGUCAAGUGAUGUCAUCCGAACUGACACAGUUGUCCGAAAUGCUCCUGAAUAUCUAUCAGGUCUCUGGAUCUACGGUAGACUGGAUCUCGGCACUGGUUGAGGAUGAGAUUGAUGGUCUCCACAAAGAGUCCACCGCUAGCCACCUGCGGUAUACAUCAAGGAUUCAUUCGAAUGACUCCCGGGAAUCUUCCGGUCACGACCGUAACGUCCUCGUCAGAGAUAUGGGGAGGACAGCCACUGUGGAAGCCAACCUCCUGUUCCGUGGUAACUCACUCCUGACCAAAGCACUGGACCAGCACAUGCGUCGAUUGGGUAAAGAGUAUCUGGAAGAGACGAUUGGAGAACGGCUGCGCGAAAUCGAUGAGAGUGAUCCUGAGUGUGAAGUGGACCCAGCUCGAGUUCCGCGCGCCGAAGACCUUGAUCGCAACUGGCGGAACCUGGUUAAUCUCACCACUAUGGUGUGGAAAUCUAUUGCGAUCUCAUGGUCCCGGUGUCCUGCUGAGCUCAGACGCAUAUUUCGACAUGUCCGAGCGUGCGCUGAGGAUCGUUAUGGCGACUUCCUGCGCUCUGUGACAUACAGCAGUGUUUCUGGCUUCCUUUUCCUACGGUUCUUCUGCCCGGCCAUCCUGAAUCCAAAGCUGUUCGGGCUUUUAAAAGAUCAUCCUCGCCCUCGUGCCCAGCGCACUUUGACCCUCAUUGCCAAGGCCCUCCAGGGUUUGGCCAAUAUGACAACAUUCGGCAACAAAGAACCGUGGAUGGAGCCCAUGAACAAAUUCCUCGUCGGUAAUCGCACAGAAUUCAAGCAAUUCGUCGAUCUCAUAUGCGAUAUUCCGUCGAACGCGACGCCUUCUAUUCCUCCUCCCACCUAUACCACCCCGCUGCAAAUCCUGGGACGAUUACCGCUUACCUCGCGCGAAGGUUUCCCCAGUCUACCAUUCUUGAUUGACCAACCCCGGUGCUUCGCCAACUUGAUUCAUAUUUGGCUGGAGGUCGUCCCGGAGCGACUCUCUGAGCUGGAAGAAAUCGAUCCAUUCCUUUCCAAGUUCCAUGAGUUGGCACUCCACCUGCAAGAGCGAACUGAGGACUGCUUGGAUGAAGCUGAGCAGGCUGAGCGACCCAACGAUACCCUUCAGGUCAAGUGGGAGGAGUUGGUGGAUUCCAUGGAGCGGGCUGUGACCUUUUACGAUGAAGGUUCAAGCAAACCAUCCACCCCCGCUCCUCCAGAAUCCACUGCUACUGCUCCAGCUGCCCCAGGGUCUGCUGCCUCGGCAACUCCAGGUCAUCGUGGGUCUAUUGGAUUCUUUGCAUCUCGACCACCUCUACCCCGUCGAUCUACCGAAGGUGGACCAGAGGAAGAUGACACCCCACCCAGCUCAUCGUCUGCAACUUGGGAUCAGUCUCGUAUGCCCUUCACGAUACCACGAUGGUCCGAUCCUCGCGAUAGCACUGGCAGCUCUAAGAAUUCCUCCACUUAUUCCCUCGACCACUCUGAGACCUCCAAGGCCCGCAGAUCCAGUGUUACCAAGGAGAGCUCCAGCAAAUAUCGCUUUUUCGAUUUUGUCCCCGCUCCUUCCCGCCGUAAGGCCAAGGAACGCGAUCAGUCCGGUCAUCACUCCCACGAAGAUCUCCGGAACGAGUUCUGA